GGGCAUGUGACUGGAGAGAGCAGCUGACCAGCGCGGCUUCACUUCCUCUUCUAGGAGAAGGUAUACUAUGCAGUAACCGGAGAGGCUGACGAUGUGUGCCCGCCGCUCACCCCCAGCAUGGCUCCCGCUGCUGCUGCUCCUGUGCCCGGCGCUUGUGCCAGCGGGAGGGGAAUCCCGGAGACCGAACGUAGUGCUGAUCCUGACGGAUGACCAGGAUGUCUCCCUCGGUGGCAUGACUCCAUUAACGAAGACUAAAGCACUGAUUGCAGAUCUCGGUGUAACUUUUACAAAUGCAUAUGUUGGUAGUGCUCUUUGCUGUCCAAGCAGAGCCAGUAUUCUGUCUGGCCGGUAUCCACAUAACCACCAUGUUGUCAACAACACAAUAGAAGGAAACUGCAGCAGUAAAGCGUGGCAGAAGGCACAAGAGCCAUAUACCUUCCCUGCUCUCCUCCAUUCCUCUGGUUACCAGACAUUCUUUGCUGGAAAGUACUUAAAUCAGUAUGGCUCAGAAGAUGCGGGUGGAAUCAGUCAUGUACCUCCUGGAUGGAGCUACUGGUUUGCUUUGGAAAAAAAUUCAAAGUACUACAACUAUACCCUAUCAGAAAAUGGACGGGCGCGGAAUUAUGGAGAAAACUACAGUGUGGAUUACCUGACUGAUGUCUUGGCCAAUAUCUCCUUGGAUUUUCUAAACUACAAAUCAAAUAAUGAACCUUUCUUCAUGAUGAUUGCCACUCCAGCCCCGCACUCUCCAUGGACAGCUGCUCCUCAAUAUGAAAGCUCUUUCCAUGAUGUCGCUGCACCCAGGAACAGCAAUUUCAAUGUGCAUGGCAAGGAUAAACACUGGCUAAUACGACAAGCCAAGACCCCUAUGUCUAAUACUUCCAUACAGUUCCUGGACAAUGCUUUUCGCAAGAGGUGGCAAACUCUGCUCUCUGUGGAUGACCUGGUGGAGAAGCUCCUAAAGCAACUUCAGGCCCGUGGAGAAUUGGAUAACACCUUUAUUUUCUUCACAUCUGACAAUGGAUACCACACAGGGCAGUUCUCCCUGCCAAUCGAUAAAAGGCAACUCUAUGAGUUUGACAUUAAAGUCCCAUUACUUGUUCGGGGACCGGGGGUGAAGCCUAACCAGACAAGCAAGGCACUUGUAGCAAACAUUGAUCUUGGUCCAACUAUCUUGGAUAUUGCCGGAUAUGACCUCAAUAAGACCCAGAUGGAUGGGAUGUCAUACCUCCCCAUUUUGAAAAACAGUAAUGAAACCUGGAGAACAGAUAUUUUGGUUGAAUAUCAAGGUGAAAGUGUUAACCGUACUGAUCCAGCAUGCCCAGCUCUUGGCCCUGGAGUGUCUCAAUGUUUCCCAGAUUGUGUGUGUGAAGAUGCCUAUAACAACACGUAUGCCUGUGUGAGGACGAUUUGUAAAGACCAUGACCUGCAAUAUUGUGAGUUUGAUGAUGCAGAGGUUUUUGUUGAAGUCUAUAAUUUGACAGCAGAUCCAAGUCAGUUGACAAACAUUGCUAAGACUAUAGACCAAGAGAUCCUUGAAAAGAUGAACCAUCGGCUCAUGGUCCUGCAGUCCUGUUCUGGAGUUUCCUGUCGAAGUCCAGGGGUCUUUGAUCCCAGGUACCAGUUUGACCCAAUGUGGAUGUUCAGAAAUGGGGACCCAGGCCAUUUGUUGAGGAGGAAGUCAUUGAAGUGGAGCACCUUACUAUAGAGGGUGGGAUUUUCACAUACACCCCUAUGAUGAAGUGAUUGAGAUGGUCUUUUGAUUGCCGACCACCAACCUUGCAGACUUCCAUGACCUGGCUUAUUGCUGUCAUAUUUUGUGCAGGACCUAAUCAAAAGCUGACUACCUUUGUUGAAAUCUGUGAAUUAUGGCAACUCUGCCCAUGUUAAUAUUUUCUUCCCAGAUCUAUCAUGUGUAGACCCCCUUGCGGAUGAGAUUGGGUAAGGCUUGCCAAGAUAAAGGGAACAGAACUAGUCCUACUAUUGUCUUCUAGCCAGUCUGAUAAGCAGUGAAGCUUUGUUUGAUGAACUAAAUUGCUUGGCACUAAUGUCCUGUAAUGAAAUUAUUUUUGUAACAAGAAUAUUUUUGUUAUAUAUAUGUGCCGAACACAUAUCAGGCUUUCAAGACAUCAGUAGACCUUGCAGCUAGGUUUAAUGCUAUUUAAUCAUGUUCUAUAGUAUAAUUGGCUCCUAGGGUCUCAUGACACAAUUCUGUAUCCUACUUUGAUCCUGUUCUUUAUCAUGUGGUCUGUCUACUAGUGCGUGGUCAUAUGUAUCAAGAACAUUGGUGGGAGCUAGACCGGUAAUAAUUCCCUGCCCUGGUGGUAUAGGACAAGUCACUAACAGAAGACAUAUGUGGUAACCUACCAUAAAUUGGCACAUCAUUAAAAAAAAUAUAUAUUUUUUUCUGUUAUUCGGGCCUGUUUUCAUCUGAUUAUCAUCUGCUUCAAAGGAUGUAGCCAUAUAUCCUAGCUAUACUCUUUUAUAUACUAAAGGGGACAUUUAUGAAGACUGGUGAUUUAGAUACCGAUAUUUGUCUAUCCUGUGCUGGCGGUUCAUCCGCCUAAGUUAUGUAGGCAGACUUUACACUUGUCUAAAUCCCUUUUUGCCGUAGAUUUAGACCAUUUUCUAUGCCUAAAACAUGGGAUGGGCCUGCCAGCCCAUCCAGACCUGGCGUGAGGAGAGGAAAAAGUCGCCAAAAAGUGGCUUAUAUCUGUUCAAAAAUGAGCCCCUAAAUCUUCAUUGAAUUGGGACAGAAUUCAAAUUUGUUGGAUCUUAAAGUUUCAUGAAUUAUUUGUAUAUUGAUCAGUUGGUUUCCCAUGUUCCUUCAGAUGUGGCAAGCCAUCACUGCGGUCUGCAGUACAAACUUCUUCAUGGGAGAUGUCAGUACCACCAUCUUUGUUUUGUUUCUUCUUGGCUUAUUUAUAUUGCAAUACCACUAUAAGGGUCCAUUCACACGUCCGUAAGUGUUUUGCGGAUCCGCAAAACACUGACACCAGCCAUAUGCACAUGGCCUGCACUAUAAUAGAAAAUGCCUAUUCUUGUCCCUUAUUGUGCAC